CCAAAUUCGAAUCAUGCUGGUGGCAUUUGAUGGUGGCAAAGCACACUGACAUUGACAAGGCAGGCGGCAAGUUUCAGAAUGGAAGCGUUAUAAGCGCUCAUGCUGGUCUAUGAGGAGGUUACAGUGCUUGUAGGUUUCUCCGGUAGGCGAUCACCUGGCAGGAGAGUGGCAACGCGCGCGGUGCAUGCACAGCUUCGGCUGCUUUUCAUCUUGUGCCGAUCAAGCCGACGCCAGCUCAUGGAGUGUUCUCCCGUUGGUUCUCAGGGUGUGCUGUGUUUCUGAGCAGAGUCGCUGGUUGAGGUGGCAGCUUUCAUGUUAGCCCAGCGCGUAUAGCAUUAUUGGCAGCCAUCAACUGACUGUAGUCAUGCUGAGCAGAUUCAGUGGCGCCUUCAAGCGUCUUGUUGGGAAGAUACAAAAAAUUGAGCACGUUGGAACAGAUCGGAGUGGCAAUAAGUAUUUCAAGCGGCCCGAAGAGGUUGAUGGCACGGUGGUGGAGAAGCGGUGGAUUGAGUUUGGGGGGGACAAGUUGCCUGAUCCAACGUCAGUGCCCGUUGAGUGGACGAGCUGGCUGGCAGGGACGCGCCCACAUGCCCCCUCGGAAGAGGAGAUGAGCGCGCUCGAGAUGCGGCGCACCAUGAUCAAGUUCCGGGCGUCUGUGCUGGAGAAGGAGGAGGAGAAGCGCAAGUUCCGGGCCCGCAGCCUGAGGCAGGCCGGCGUAGCGGAGCAGGAGGGCCCGCACGACAUGUCCCGCGUCAUGGACCAGAUCUCAGCAUCAUCAUCGCGUGAAGAUGCUUGGGAGGCAGGCGACAGCGGAAAGGUGGCUGGUCUGCCAAAGCAGAGACCUGGUUCGAGAGUGGGCGUGCAGAGAUUUGAUCCCGCAGCUGACUCGGGUGGGCCCAAGGGCUCCUUCAAGCCAGACUCGUGGCAGCCUAGUAGUAGUGGCGGAUCGCCGAGUGCUGCUCCGAGGCCUCCAUCCGAGGAGCGGAAAGCUGGCCAGCAUGACCCCCGGAAACCAUCUAGCAAUCUUGAUCAAAGCUCACAGUCUGCAGAGCCUGCGGGACGGGGGGCUACUUUUCAGCCAGGUGCUUGGCAACCAGACUAAACGGUUUUUGAAACCUUCGGAAGUGUAUGCCCAUUCAAGAAAGGUUCAUCUGAUGGUCCUUACUUGGUACCGUCGCCUCGGGUUUUCUAUGAGUUCGUGAUGGAGUUUACACCUCCUUUUCGGACAUACAUCGCGUUUCGACUUCAAUUUCGUUUCUCACUUGCC